AUGCCCGCUGCCGCUUCCGUUCCCGCUGUUUCGAGCAAGGAGACCGCACAGUCUGUGCAGGUUCUCGAGGACCUCAUCAAGAACCUCAACGUCUCCGGUAGUCAGGAUGAGGUCAACGCCGCUGCUGGCAACCUCGCCUCGCUCUUCAGCGGCCCUAUCCCUGAGCAGACCCUUCCCCUGAAGGCCGUCGAGACCUUCCAGAAGCAGCUCGCCAACAAGAAGGAUGCUGUUGUCCGUGAGCGCGCUCUCGAGGGCAUCCGUGCCAUCGCCGGCCAGCCCACUAUCUCUCCCGGUGUCGAGCCUCACCUCGUUGCUCUUUUGCCUAACGUCCUUUCCGCCAUCGGUGACAAGAUGGUUCCCGUCAAGAACGCUGCUCAGGCCACCGCCCUCACCAUUGUCAAGGCCCUCAACGGCAACGCCGUCAAGGCCGUCCUCCCCGCCAUCCGCGAGUCGGUUUCGAACGCUCCCAAGUGGGCUGAGAAGUUGACCUCUCUCCAGUGUAUCGACACCCUGGUUGAGACCGCCCCCGCUCAGCUGUCCUUCCGUGUUCCCGACCUCAUCCCCGUCGUCUCCGAGGCCAUGUGGGACACCAAGGCUGAGGUCAAGAAGGCUGCCUACUCCACUAUGGAGAAGGUUUGCGGUCUCAUUGUCAACAAGGAUAUUGAGCGCUUCAUUCCUGAGCUGAUCAAGUGUAUCGCCAAGCCCGAGAACGUCCCCGAGACCGUUCAUUUGCUCGGUGCCACCACUUUCGUGUCGGACGUUACCGGUCCUACCCUGGCUAUCAUGGUCCCCUUGCUUGAUCGUGGUCUCGUCGAGCGUGAGACCGCUAUCAAGCGUAAGUCGGCCGUUAUCGUCGACAACAUGUGUAAGCUUGUGGAGGACCCUCAGAUCGUCGCUCCCUUCUUGCCCAAGUUGAUGCCCCGUCUUCAAAAGAACUUCGAGACUCUUGCCGACCCCGAGGCUCGUGAGAAGACCCAACAGGCUCUCGACACUCUCGUCCGUGUCGGUGAUGUUAAGGAUGGCAAGAUCCCCGAGAUCUCCACCGCCGGUGACAUCCCCACCGUCGCCGCUAUUCUCAAGGAGAUUAUUGGCGACAAGGCCAACGACAAAUCCGAGGCCAUCGUCAACUACAUUGGUGCCAUUGCUGGUCAGCUCGUUGACGAGAAGGACGCCGAAGUUACUAGCUGGACCCAGAACGCUCAGCCUUACAUCGCCGCCCUCGUCGGUGAGGCUGAUGCCAAGGGUGUUGCCGAGACUCUCCGCAAGAAGGCCUCUCCCGAAGCCGCUCAGGCUGACGACAUCGCUUCUGACGAGGAAGAGGGUGAGGAUCUGUGCAAUUGCACUUUCUCCCUGGCCUAUGGUGCCAAGAUCUUGCUGAACCAGACUCGCCUCCGUCUCAAGCGUGGUCAGCGCUACGGUCUGCUCGGUCCCAACGGUACCGGUAAGACCACCCUCAUGCGUGCCAUCAACAACGAGCAGCUUGAGGGUUUCCCCAAGAAGGACGAGGUCAAGACCGUGUACGUCGAGCACGACCUCGACGCCGCCGACACUGAGCAGACCGUCAUCGGCUGGACCAUGAAGAAGCUCCGUGAAGUCGGAUUGGACCCCAAGCAGGCUGACGUCGAGAGCAAGCUCGAGGAGUUCGGUUUCCUCCGUGAGCAGCUUGAUGGCCCCAUCACCGCCCUCUCUGGUGGUUGGAAGAUGAAGCUCGCACUUGCCCGUGCCGUGUUCGAGGAGCCCGACAUUCUCCUUCUGGACGAACCCACCAACCACUUGGACGUCAAGAACGUCGAAUGGUUGGAGAACUACCUCAAGACCUCCCCUUGCACUUCCAUCAUGGUCUCGCACGACAGCCGCUUCUUGGACCACGUCAUCCAGCACGUUGUCCACUACGAGCGCUUCAAGCUUAAGCGUUACCGUGGUACCCUGAGCGAGUUCGUCAAGAAGGUGCCUGCUGCUCGUUCCUACUACGAGCUCGGUGCCUCCGAGAUGGAGUUCAAGUUCCCCGAGCCCGGUUUCCUCGAGGGUGUCAAGACCAAGGCCAAGGCCAUCAUCCGUGUCAACAACAUGUCCUUCCAGUACCCCGGCACUCCCCGUCCUCAGAUCACGGACAUCAGCUUCCAGGUGUCGCUGGGUUCGCGUAUUGCUGUCAUCGGUCCUAACGGUGCCGGUAAGUCCACCCUGGUCAACGUCCUGACUGGUGAGCUUGUCCCCACCAGCGGUGAUGUCUACCAGCACGAGAACAUCCGUAUCGCCUACAUUAAGCAGCACGCUUUCGCCCACAUCGAUAACCACCUCGACAAGACCCCCUCCGAGUACAUCCAGUGGCGUUUCCAGACCGGUGAGGAUCGUGAGACCAUGGACCGUGCCAACAAGAUCAUCACCGAUGAUGACGAGAAGGCAAUGGACAAGAUCUACCGCAUCGAGGGUACCCAACGUCGUGUCAUUGGUAUCCACGCGCGUAGAAAGUUCAAGAACACUUACGAGUACGAGUGUUCGUUCGCUCUUGGUGAGAACGUUGGCUUCAAGCAGGAGCGCUGGAUUCCCAUGAUGACCUCUGACAACGCCUGGAUUCCCCGUAACGAAAUCAUGCAGUCGCACGCCAAGAUGGUUGCUGAGGUUGACCAGAAGGAGGCUCUUGCCAGCGGUCAGUUCCGUCCUCUGGUCCGCAAGGAGAUCGAAGCCCACUGCGCUCAGUUCGGUCUCGAGACCGAAUUGGUCACUCACUCGCGUAUGCGUGGUCUCUCCGGUGGUCAGCGUGUCAAGGUCGUCCUCGCCGCUUGCUCGUGGCAGCGUCCUCACGUGAUCGUCCUUGACGAACCCACCAACUACCUUGACCGUGACUCGCUUGGUGCCCUCUCCAAGGCCAUCAAGACCUACGAAGGUGGUGUUGUUAUCAUUACUCACUCUCGUGAGUUCACUGAAAACCUCACCGAGGAAGUCUGGGCCGUCAUGGACGGUAAGAUGACUCCUUCCGGUCACAACUGGGUUUCGGGUCAGGGAUCUGGCCCCCGUCUCGCCGACAAGUCCCAGCAGGACGAGGAGAUUGUCGACGCUAUGGGUAACAAGACUGUCGUUGAAAAACAAAAGAAGCUCACUGCGAGCGAACUUAGAAAGAAGAAGAAGGAGCGCAUGGCCCGCCGCAAGCGUGGUGAGGAGGUCUUCUCUGACGAGGAGUAA